AUGUGGAGGCCAAGGGAAAGCCGUCAGCUGCAGGAGAGCCACCCAUCACCGGCCUGCACGGAUCUCAAUGACCACAUAUGGUCUCUCCACUCGACAGCGCUGCAUGGAAUCAUACUGGCUUUCAAAAUCAAGAAGAAAGAAUGGGAGGCAUCAAGGAAGGAAGCUCACACCCACUUGAAGCUCGACGGAAUAAGGCCGUUUCUGUCGUUCUUAUGGUUCUGUUCUCGUGCUGGACGAAGCGAUAAUGGAGACGACAUCCUCGGGACCGUCCACCAGGCCACCGUUGCCGACUCGGCGGCCUACGAAACGCCUGUUGUUCGACAGGCGCUACGCUUCGAUGAGUGGAAGGAUCCUUCAGAAGAAGCUUUAGCUGGUGGUCGAGGAAUGUUUUGCAUUUUGCCGAUCGCGAAGUCAAUGCUGAAUGUCGCAUCGUUGUCGAUCAGUCUUGCAGCAGAUUUUGUGAUCAAAGCUCUUAAGUCUCCUAUUCAACUUUCUCAACAAGAAUUGCAUGCUAACCUGUGUAGUCAGUUUCAUAAGCUAGCACUUAAUAUGCAGGGAUGGAAUCUUAAGUUGAUAACCUUGGGUAAUAGGAGACAAAAUGCCAUGAACUCUGAAGAGGUUCCUACAAACUGAACCAAUCCCUCGGCUGCAUCAUGCUGCAACUCAAUGGAUUCUGUUAUGAUGAACUAUUGGAGUAUGAUGUUUGUUUGAGAUGUAAAUGAAGAUUUACAUUUCAUUCGAGGAAGUUACUGAAUCUUGUGAGAAGACUAUGUGAUUACAAGGAUAUGCAUGAUUGAUUGAGCCAA